AUGUGGAAAGUGUUGUUAAAAUUCACGCCAAUUUUGGCACUUUGCCUUUUUGGCUUAGUAUCCGCUGAGCCAUAUCCACACCCUGAUUUGGCCUUAGAUUUGGGUUUAUUGGGCGCUAAAGCAAAAUUCGAUAACUUGAAAUUUAAGACUGACAUGAAACUUCACAAGCUUCAUAUGAAAGGUGCAUCAAAAGCUUUUCACGCAGGAGCGUUGCUUGGUGCAUCGAAUCCAAAUGGCGGAGAGGAAGGCGAUGAAGGAGAGGGCUUUUCACAAUUUCAUCAAAUAGGAGCAGAUCAAUUCCCCGGAUCGCAAAGUGGAUUCCGUGCAAAUGAAGCAAUGGGAGCAGAUGCCGCUCAAUUUGGAGCUCAAGGUGCUUACGGAGCUUACGGAGCUUCCGAAUUCGUUGCAGCUCCUCAACAAUAUUACGGAGCUCAAGAAGCUUAUGGCGCCUCUGAAUUUGUCGCUGCUCCCCAACAAGCCUACGGAGCAUAUUCGGCACAAGACGCUUCCGAUUUUGUAGCAGCGCCGCAACAAGCUUACGGAGCUAACGAUGCGCAAUUUGGAGCUUAUGGAGCUCAAGGUGCUUCGGAAUUCGUUGCUGCGCCGCAAGAAGCGUAUGGAGCCCAGGAAGCUUACGGAGCUCAAGAAGGACAAGCUGAAGGCAGUUCAUUCCGUAUGUUGGAUCUUUUUGACGGAUUGGGUCAUGGCGGCGGUUUGGGAGGCGGAUUCAAGAAAAAGGUCGUCGUCGUGAAGGAAUUCAGCAAAGAUAAAGAUCACUCGCAUCAUGGGCACGGGCAUGUUCAUCAUCAUGUGCACGUUCAUAACAAGAAGGAUAAUUAUUAUGACGAUUAUGAUAACAAAGGUUACGGAAACAAAGGAGGUUACGGCAACAGAGAUUACGGAAAUCGUGACUAUGGAUAUGAUCGUUAUGACAGAUAUGGAGGAUAUGGAAAAUACAAACGCUCGUCUUGUGGCUACAAACACUUUACCAACUUCAACGGAGGCUUGACCAAAACCAAUAGUUACCCUUACGAAGUUGCUGCUUUCGAUCCCAAUGGAAAUUACAACACCGAUACUGAAUAUUAUCAAGCUACGCCCAGUUUCUUCGGCAACGGAAAACUAAAUGCACAAGAACAACCAUCGACGGCGUCAUUUGUACCGCGGGGAAGAUCAUCGAGAUGUCUUAGUUUUGGCAAUGCGUUGCAGAAUGUGAUGAUGGAUUUUGUUGCGGCGAAAAAUCCAAAUGCUGCGGAUGGGGGCGAUGAAGCUGUUGCUGCUCCAAGUCCUGAUGAAAAUGUCGCCAUGUCCCAAACUGCCGACGAAGAACAAAUUGCCUCUCCUCAAAACGCAGAAGAAGAAGAUGUCGCUGCUCCAAAUCCUUCUGAUCAUGAAGAUGUCGCUGCUUCAUCUGAUAACGUUCAUAAUUUCCCAUGGUCUGGCAACGGAAAAUUAAAUCUUUUUGAAAAUUUUGUCGGUUUGCCAAAUUUAUUCCAUCAACAAGAAGAAAAUGUCGCUGCGCCUCCUCCCGAAGAUGAAGACGUUGCCUCUCCACAAGAUGAAAAUGUCGCUCAACCAUCUCCCGACGACGGAGGAGAAGAUGUUGCCAUGCCUUUGGAUGAAGAAAGUGUUGCUGCUCCCUUUGAUUCGAAAUUCGGAGGAGCUCAAUACGGGCUUUUUGGUGCUGGAUUGAAAGAUUAUAGCUUUAAUCCGUUCGAAAGUCAUCAGAAUCCGCUUGGAGGGCAUUUCGGGGGUCUCAAAGGAGGCUUCGGAGGAUAUCAUGGAUUAGAUCAUUCAGGUUUAGCUGGCUUAAAAGGCUUCGGAGAUCAUCAUGGACUUGAUCACGGAGGAUUUUCUGGCUUAAAAGGUCUCGGAUCACAUCAUGGACUCGAUCACGCCGCAAUGGCAGGCUUAGGAGGUCUCAAAGCAGCAGCUGGCGUUGCAGGAUUAGGCUUAAAAAGUGCAGCUGUGGGACAUCAUGCGCUUGGAAAACUCGCAGCACCUCACGUAGGCCUCGGAUUAGCAGCACACAAAGCUCCAUUACUCGGAAAUAUGCAUAACGCAGGUCACAGUGGCUUCCCUCAGGUUCAUUCGACGCCGUCUUUCUCUAAAAAAACUACUAAUUGUGUUUGUACUUGUGACUUAUAA